AUGUGUUUAAAUUACUGUAAAAUGGGAAUUUUGCGACAUGCUUCAGCUAUCAUUGGCAAGAGGCAUGGAGAAUAUUGUCACAACAAACGACCAAUUAUAAGUAUAAAACAACAUCAGAGGAAGACGAAGGAAGAAAAAAAAACUUUUGUGGCUUUUCAAAGACGAAACGAAAUGAAAAAAGGCUUUAAAAAAGUUUAUUGUCAAACAGUGAGGUAA